AUGGAUGAUAAGAAAACUCCUCAAGAACUAGAUGCCAUUACUCCGGCCUCCCAAGAUGUGCCCAUUGAGCAAAGCCCCAAUGUGCUUUCCCUCGAGGAACCAGGCUCACCGCAGCAGAUCAAAACUCGAAGUAACUUCCGAGUCACCAUGAUUCUUAUUGCUCUGUAUCUGUCGCUCUUUGUCGCAGCCCUGGACGCCACCAUCGUGGCAACUGCUGUCCCCAAGAUCACUGCCGAGCUCCAUUCGGCCGCUGGUUAUAUCUGGAUUGGAGGAGCCUAUCUGAUCGCGAAUGCUGCUGCUGCUCCCAUCUGGGUCAAAUUGUCCGACAUCUGGGGCCGCAAGCCGAUUUUCCUGGCAGCUGUCGUGGUGUUCUUUGCCAGCUCCGUCAUCUGCGCCGCCGCCAUGAACAUGCAAAUGCUGAUCGUUGGCCGCAGUAUUCAAGGUGCUGCGGGCGGAGGUUUGAUCUGCAUGGUCAAUGUUGCUAUCUCGGAUCUCUUCAGUGUCCGGGAACGAAGCUUGUGGCUCGGCUUGUGUGAAGGCAUUUGGGCUCUCAGCGGUGCCGUCGGUCCUUUACUGGGAGGCGCGUUUGCCCAAGGAGUCAGCUGGCGAUGGUGUUUUUAUUGCAACCUGCCUAUCGCUGGUACUGCAUUCUUGCUUCUAGUCCCUUUCCUGGACGUCCACAACCCUCGAACACCAGUUCUUGAAGGCGUCAAGGCCAUCGACUGGUUUGGAUGUACUUCGAUCUUGGGAGUGACAGUCAUGUUACUGCUGGGGCUUGAUCUGGGCGGAUCGGUCUACCCUUGGGGCUCCGCAAAGGUCGUCUGUCUGAUUGUCUUCGGCGCCUUGAUGGUUCUUGUCUUCAUUUACAGCGAGAAGAAAUUGGCCAAGCAUCCGGUCAUACCGUUGUCCUUGUUUGGUACGAGAAAUGUUGCCACCCUUGUUGUGACGUUCUUUCAUGGACUGGUGUUCAUUGCCGCCGAAUAUUAUCUUCCUCUUUACUUUCAAAGCGUAAAGGAAUCUUCGCCGCUUCGGUCUGGUGUACUAUUGGUGCCCCUGAUUGUUGCUACUGCUACUACUGGUGUUCUCAACGGCGUCAUCAUACACCGGACCGGACAAUACAGACCUUCGAUGUGGCUCGGAACCUGUUUGAUGACCCUAGGAACCGGUCUCUACAUCAUGCUUGACGCCAAUACCUCCAUUGGAACCAUCAUCGGUUUCGAAAUCGUCGAAGGGAUUGGCUCAGGUCUCUUAUUCGAGCCCCCUCUAAUCGCAAUUCAACAAGGUGUGGAUCAAGACGAUGUCGGCACAGCUACUUCGACGCAAAGUUUCAUUCGAAGUCUGGCACUUUCUCUGGGUGUCAUUGUGGGUGGCAUUGUCUUCCAGCAAAGCAUGGACCUUCGACGUUCCAUACUAAUUGAAAAUGGGCUCCCAGCUCCUAUUGUGGAAGAUCUCUCUGGAAAGAAUGCCGGUGCCAAUGUUAUGGUGGGACCGACGCUGCCACCAGCACAGGAACUCGUUGUCAAAGAAGCUUUUUCCUGGAGCAUUAGAAACAUGUUUAUCAUGUUCACAUGCCUAAGCUUCCUAGCGGUCGUUGCCAGUCUAUUUGUGAAGAAAAGAAAACUCUCGAAAGAGCACAGAGAGACCAUUACUGGUCUCAGAAAGAAAGAAACCCUCCCCUGA